AUGGGGCGCUUCACCGUGUGGGACUAUGUGGUCUUUGUGGCCAUGCUGCUCAUCUCAGCCAUCAUUGGUGUCUAUUACGCCUUCGUGGGAGGGGGACAGAAGACAUCGAAGGACUUCCUCAUGGCAGGCCGGAGCAUGAGUGCCCUCCCGGUUGCCCUCUCCCUCACUGCCAGCUUCAUGUCAGCCGUCACGGUGCUGGGCACCCCUGCUGAGAUCUAUCGCUACGGUGCCGUCUUCUGCAUCUUUGCCAUCACCUAUGCCCUGGUGGUGCUGUGCAGUGCUGAGAUCUUCCUGCCUGUCUUCUACAGGCUGGGAAUUACCAGCACCUAUGAGUAUUUAGAACUUCGAUUUAAUAAAUAUCUACGCUUCUGUGGGACAGUCCUUUUCAUAAUACAAACGACUUUAUACACUGGUAUUGUCAUUUAUGCUCCAGCUUUAGCACUAAAUCAAGUCACUGGCUUCGACUUGUGGGGUGCAGUGGUGGCAACUGGCGUGGUCUGCACAUUCUACUGCACACUGGGUGGUCUGAAGGCAGUGGUGUGGACAGACGUUUUUCAGGUUGGAAUCAUGGUUGCUGGAUUUUCAUCUGUGAUCAUACGAGCUGUGGUGGUUCAGGAGGGAAUUGGACGUAUUGUAAAUGAUUCUUACCAUGGAGGAAGAUUAAACUUCUGGGACUUUGAUCCCAAUCCUUUGCAAAGGCACACCUUCUGGACAAUUGUUAUAGGUGGGACUUUCACGUGGAGCGGUAUAUAUGGGGUUAACCAGUCUCAAGUCCAGAGAUACAUUGCAUGCAAAAGCAGAUUCCAUGCAAAAUUGUCCCUCUACAUCAACCUGGUGGGACUCUGGGCGAUCCUGGCCUGUGCCACACUGUGUGGGCUGUCCCUCUACUCCAUCUACAAAGACUGUGACCCAUGGACGUCCAACCAGGUGUCGGCACUCGACCAGCUAAUGCCAUUCCUAGUGCUGGAUAUCAUGCGUGAUUUUCCAGGAGUGCCAGGGCUUUUUGUGGCUAGUGCCUACAGUGGGACAUUAAGUACGGUGUCCUCCAGCAUCAAUGCUCUGGCUGCUGUGACUGUCGAAGACCUCAUUAAGCCCUACUUCAAAUCUCUUUCUGAAAAGAAGCUGUCAUGGAUUUCCAUGGGGAUGAGCCUGUUUUAUGGUGGAGUCUGCAUUGCUAUGGCUGCAGUGGCAUCUCUUCUGGGAGCCUUGUUGCAGGCAGCACUCAGCAUUUUUGGCAUGGUUGGUGGGCCCCUUCUAGGUCUGUUUGCCUUGGGAAUCCUCUGCUCCUUUGCAAAUGGAACUGGGGCAUUUGUGGGUCUUGUCAGUGGCUUCGUUAUUUCACUUUGGGUUGGAAUUGGAUCCCAGAUUUAUCCUCCACUUCCAGAGAGGACCAAGCCACUCGAUCUCUCGAUUGCAGGCUGUAAUAUAUCCUCAGGAAAUUUAACAUCAACAGAAAUUCCAUUAACAACAGUUUUCAGCACACCAGGUGCAGAAAGGCCUGCCCUGGCAGACAACUGGUAUUCCUUGUCUUACCUCUACUUCAGCACACUUGGGACACUUGUCACAGUAGUUGUGGGAAUAAUUAUCAGUCUCCUAACAGGAGGACUAAAGCAGAACACGGAUCGUAAAUACCUGCUGACCAAGGAAGAUUUCCUGUCCAACUUCUCACGGUCUGAAACUGAGCAACCAGAGAAAGUGGAAGUGUUGAACUGGAAACCAUUUACCAUGGCAGACGAAGGAACUGACAACCCUGCCUUCAGCCACAUUGAAAUGGAUGUUGCAAGUGACAAGAACAAAGUCAAUGGUCUUCAUAUAUGA